AUGCCUAUUCGUCUAACCACCCGCCGGGUAUCCACCAUUCUCAAACCCUCCCUCUACAACGUCCGUCUCUACAGCACUCCCACAUCGACAAUAAAAGUUACACGAGUACCCGCACCACACGCUGGCAAUAUACGCAUUCUAUCACUCAACCGUCCUUCGGCUAGGAAUGCGAUUUCCAAACAGCUUCUGUCAGAACUCCGUCAGCAAGUCGAGGAGAUCAGCAAUGAACCUGAGGAUGGUCCUACAAGAGCCUUGAUCCUGGCUUCCGAGUCCGAUCAAGCAUUCUGCGCUGGCGCAGAUUUGAAGGAGAGAUUGACCAUGAGUGGAGACGAGUACGUCCUCUACUCUACUGUCUCCAAGAUCCAAGUGCUAACCAAGAAUCUAGAANCAAAACACUUCCUCGCCCUCCUCCGUGAUACUUUUACCCGCCUCUCCCUCCUCCCCAUUCCCACAAUCUCAGCAGUCUCCUCAGUCGCAUUCGGUGGUGGUCUAGAACUAGCCCUCACAACCACCUUCCGCGUCUUCGGCUCCACAUCCACCGUCGCUCUGCCAGAAACAAGACUAGCCAUCAUCCCCGGCGCAGGAGGAACCUUCCGUCUCCCAUCUUUGAUCGGCACGGCAAGAGCCAGAGACAUGAUCUUGACAGGCAGAAGAGUGACAGCAGCCGAAGCAUACUUCCUGGGUCUCUGCGAUCGGUUGGUGGAAGUGGACGAGGUGCAGGGAGACAAGGCAAAAGAAAGGGAUUUGGUGCUUACACAGGCUGUGGCUUUGGCGAGAGAUGUUUGUGAGGGUGGGCCUGUGGCCACAAGAGCUGCGCUGCAGGCAGUGAAUAGCUGGGGUGCUGGUGAGGAGGCUGAGAACCUCGCUUACGAGCGUGUCUUGGUUACUCAGGACAGGAUUGAGGCUCUCAAGGCCUUUGGCGAGAAGAGACCGCCUGUCUUCAAGGGAAAAUAG